AUGGCUUUUGAUCCUGUGAUAGAACACCACGACAUAGCCGCUGAGGGAUGUGAGACUUUCGUCCUGAAGACUGCCGAAGACAUCUUCGCUUUUAUACCACAAGGUUCUGGUCUGUCAUUACAGACCAUUCAGGAGAUCCUACAUAGAGGGACGAAAGUUCUUCUCCAAGGCUCCAAGUAUGCUGACUAUGAGCGUUACAAGAUGGCGAGAAACAACAAUAUGAUGCAGAUGUCAACACCCAUGAAGGGCAAGGCUGCUGUUUCGGUGAUUCACAGUCAAGUCGACGACGUUUUCGAUGAUGGCGAGUCGCCGGGUGUAAUUGUCACACUACAAUCUUCACCCCAGGGCGCACCUGUGAUAUACAAUACACCUGGCGUGUUGAUGCAGAAUGGGCCUCCCAUCUCCACUGGAGGUCAUCAACCCCCCAUCGUCUCGGAUCUACCAGCUGGGGACGCUUUCGAUUGGCCAGGCGUGGACUUUCAGAACUGGGAUGGGGGUUACGGGGACGAGUUUGUGUGUAUGGAAGGUGCGACCACCGAAGAUUUCUGGCCGUCAUACAUGGUCUCAAAGCCUGGAUCAACCUCCCAGACAUUCACUAGUUCGGGGAGUCACAGCUAG